AUGACGCCCCCUCCUCGUGGACGGGGUACCAGUCAGCGCAGCCCGACCGUCCUGGUCACCGAUUCCCGCGACCAACAGCCCGCAGCAACCCCCCGGCGCCGCAGAUCCCCUUCCACCCGCUUCAUCACCGUCGACAACGUGCUCCAAUAUGCCUCGGACGUGCCAUCCAUGCAGCAGCGGCAUCCACCGCCAAUAUCACGCUCUCGCCGCCUUGCAUCCGCCGCGGGGGGACUAAUCGCCAGUGCCAGUGGUAGCAGCAGUGCCAGCGCCGCAGCCACCGCUACCGGCAAGGGUGGCCGACUCGCCGCGCAGCCACGCCUACCUCCACGAACGACCAAGGUCAGCGAGAAACUGGUACUACUCCCCGAUACGGGCGGUGUCGGGGAACCGGACGACGGCGAGGAGGAAGAUGAGGGUGAUGGGCGGGACGAGCUGGAUCUUGUGGAUGAGGAGCUUGUGCAGCGUUUGGCGCGGGAUAAACAUAUCAAUCCUGAGGCUAUUCGGCAGCAAUUGCUUGCGCAGAAGAGGCUUGGUGGGGAUUUUGGAAUUGAUAAUGAGAUUGCGCCGCUGUUGGCGGAGGAGGAGACGUUGAGGAAGAGGCGUGUUGGGCCUGAGAGGGCGAAGAGUUAUGCGGAGCGGUUGCCUAAGGCUAGGCGGACGGAGAAGCUUGCGCGAGUGACGGCUUAUUGUACAGCGCAGGCGUAUAAGAUGGGAUCUGUGGCGGCGUUUGUUAAGGAGGCGCAUGGUGCGAGGACGAAGCUCUAUGACGAUUGCUUGUACACGGCGUAUCAUUUGCCGCUGUUACCGGGUCACGAGGGGUAUCGACUGCGGAGUAGUCCGGUGUUGAAGUUCCCUGGUGGCAGGUCUUUACUUGAUGAGGAGAUUGAACGGAAUGAGCUGCGUGAUCAUCAUGAGGAUUAUAUGGGGGAGGCUGAGGAGCAUUCGGUUGUUGGGCAUGGUCGACAUGAGGAUGAUCAUAAUGCCCAGGCUUCGCCGGGCGAUGAGAGUGGCCAUGGGCCGAGACAGGAGCGUCGUGAGGGAUAUCUUGAUCGGAUUUCUGAGGAGGAUGGUCGGAUUCAGGACGAUCAUGGGAAUGCUACGGGUGCCGGUGAUAACGGUACAACACAUAGCACGACUCGUCCGAAUGUUGAACGGCCUCAAGAUAUCCCCGAGCCACCGCCUCGACGCCGUCGUCACAGCUCUGAUGAUGGGCAUGCUCUACUCAGGGAUCGCACGUCCCCUCCAUUACAAGCUACAUCGUCCCCCAGGCCUGAAACCCCAGCCCGGACUCUGUACAACGUUGCCGAGAUGUUCGUCUUCAGCUAUGGCGUGGUAGUCUUCUGGAACUUUACAGAGAGACAGGAGAAAGAUCUGCUGGCAGAUCUAGCAUUUGCCACGUCCUCGGCGACAGGGACACCUAUCCCGCUAGCGACUAUGCCUCUCCAUGAAGAAGACUUUGAGACCGAGGAGUUCCACUUCGAGUACUCGACUGAGAUCUCUCGACCUCGUGUGUACAAUGAUAUGAUCACGCUACGCAGUGGUGACCAUAUGAUCAAGCUCGCUAUCAGUCAUGGCAUAUCUCAAAGUACGAAAUUGUGUUUCUUUGAAGAAGUCAUGGCUCGCCAGAUGGCCGAUGCAAAGGACGUUCCGCGCCGACUGGCUAUGACUGGAAAGUUGGGUAUGAAGCGUGAAGAAGUCUUCCGUAUUCUGGGCCGGCUUUUCAAGAGCAGAGUUGAGGUUAAUCUUUCAUCGAAUAUGCUCGACGUUCCCAACUUCUUCUGGGAGAGCGAGCCCAACUUGUACCCUCUUUACAUCGCCGUGCGGGAGUACCUCGAGAUCAAGCCUCGUAUCCAAGUCCUCAACGAGCGCUGUCGCGUAUUCCUCGACCUCACAGAAAUCCUAUCAGAUUCGAUCGCCGACAACCGAACAUCUCACCAAACCUGGAUCAUCAUCGUCUUAAUCAUAAUCUCCAUCCUCGUCACAAUCUCUGAAGUCUUCUUACGCUUCGGCCUCCUGCACGCCCGGGAAGGCGCCGCAGCCACCCCUGCAGCUAUUAUUGCGCGUGCCAUGGGCCGCUCCCCUCGCGCUGCACCCUCGGGUUUAUCCUACAGCACGUCUAAUCCUCCACCGGGCUGUAUUUGCCCGUCUAUCCCGUCUGCGGGUGGAUCGGAUAUGGGGAUGAAUGGGAUUACGGGGCUGGGCCUUUGA